UGUCCUAACCUGGGGCUUUCACUGCUCGGAGACGGCGAGCUCUAGGGAGGGCCCGGUCUCCGGCUGCUGUAGGGGCGAGAAGGGCGGCUGCAGAGCCGGCCGCGGUCCCACGCUGGCGAGCUUGCCGCAGCGCGCUGGUUCCGGGAGCUCAGCCCGCCUUGCCGUGUCCCGGCUGGGACGCGCUUUUUGCCCGCUGGUGCCCAGGGCAACCAGCCGAGGCCGCGCAGUCCCUUGUGCCGUUCCCCGGUGUGCCCGCGGCCCCUGCGCGAAGGGCGUCGCAGCUGGCACGGCGGCCAAGCCCCGUACGUGUCGGUGAAGUUUGUGCAUCUCGCGGAAUGGUGCGAUUUCCCCCAGCUCCCUGCCCCGUGCAACAGGGGAGUCUAGAUUCACUUGGAAGAAGUCAAAAGUCUAGUUGUUGGGCAUUUCAAAGACAGCGUUUACAGUGUUAACAUACUUGGUAACCUGCAGGGGGUAGUUUUUUUAGUUUUUCUUUGUUUGUUUUGGUAUUUUUGUUUAGUUUUUUACAUUGAUCCUUUGAAUAGCAUAUGCAGUUUUGAGAGUUGUUCUUUAAGCCGCUUUCUCGAAGUGCUAUGUCAUCAUAUCCUGAAACUUUGUUAUACUCGAUUUUAUUGAUAGCUAGCGGUCUGUAACUUCUGCUACAGAUUUCUACAGACAAAAGCUAUCUGUCCCAUUUUACUGGGUUCACCUUCCCAAGAUUUACUACCAACUUGACUGUUACUUUUGUGAUCUCUUAAGCUAUUUUGUAGUGACAGUAGUUAGCAGGUUUUAUAUCUAGAGGUCUGGUGUAAAAACAAAGGAUUGUUGACACUUUUGGGAAACAGCCUAUAUAGGAUUAGACAAUAUCCUGUGAGAGUGUCUUCGGUGAAUAUUUGCAUUGCAGAUUAGAGCUUCCGUUUUAUGUCAGAUUAUUUGAGAUUUGUCUUAAUAGCUAUUUAAAUUUGCAAAACCAUAGAAUGGAUCACAUUGUAACAUAAUGCAGGAAGAAUAGCUGCCUCAAUUUCCAAAUAAUUGGUUAAAUUCUUCCAAGCUUUGAAAAGUAAGUAUUGUGUACUUCUGUUUAUUGCAAAUCAUUACCCAGAAUCUAAUGUUUACAAUAAAAGGAACCUGAUGAUUAAGUAGGAAGAAAAUCCUUUUAACAAGGGCAAAACACACGGGAAGAGCUUAAUCUUGAGGAUUGCUGAUUAAACACUAUAGAAAACACAAGAACAAAAACACCCACAACAAACCCAGCCCACUGUAAAUGGAAGCUUUAACUGUUUCUUGAGACUAUCGCUUCAUUUAUAGGCUAUGUGACCAUGCCUCUUCACUGCUUGGGUUGGUAGGCUUCAAAAUACUUGUUUUCUUCUAAGAAAAGAAAUUUAGUGAAGAUAAUGGCAGGUAAUUAUCGCCCAGGUUCUAGCAGAAAGUUGAAUUUAAGUGAUUAUUGCAUUUUCUAAUUUUUAUGUACAUACUUUUUUUGAGCAUAUGUACUUUUUUACAUUUAUUUCAUAAUCUGAAAGAAGAAUAGCAUUUGGAAUAAUGGCAACAGGAGACCUAAAUGGAAGUUUAAGAAAAAUUGAACAAGGACUUCGCUUGUUAAAUUAUCCAAGAGAUGUGGAUUAUACAGUGUUAGUAAAGGGUGAUCCAGCUGCAUUUUUACCUAUCAUCAGCUAUUGUUUUACAUCUUUUUCAACUUGUAUAGCAGAGCUUUUGGUAAAGUGUGAUGUGGAACUGACAGCCAAGAGUGACUUGCGUUUUAUCGAAGCUGUUUAUAAGUUUCUUCGAGAUCAAUUUCAGUAUAAACCAAUUUUAACAAAAGAGCAGUUUCUUCAGGUUGGCUUUGCAGAAAGAAAAAUGCAAAUUGUUUGUGACAUUAUCAACUGUGUGGUGAAGAAACAUAAGGAGUUGAGUAACUCUAGUAAGGUUAAAUCCCAAACAAGAAAAAAAAUCAGACCUUUUAAAUUUGAAGCAUGGUCAAAUUGUGGUAAAGGUCUUGCUGAUCCAAGUCGCAGUGCUCUGAAUUCUAAACAGCAUACUCAAAAGAAGCCUCUAGUUGAACGGCACUCAGGAAAUGAAGUUAGUGGUGAUCUUCAUCUACUGCCCCUUCCAGCACAGGGAGGGACUGAGGAAGAAUUGUGCCCAGAUCAUGGUAUUGUGGAAGUUAAAUGUGAACAAGUCAUAGAAGAAAAUUCACAAAUUGAGUUUUUAAAGAAUCAGCUUGCUGAUUUCCAGGAAAAGCUUCAUAAGCUAGAUUGGAUGGAAGAUAAGCUACAAGUUUUAGAAGAGAAACUGCAAGGAAAGGUGAUCAUAGACGAGAAGGACUGGAAUAACUUAUUGAAUCGAGUUUUGCUUCUUGAAACAGAACUGUUAUUACAAUCCAGAAAGAGAGACUUACCUAAAGAGUUCAGCAAUAUAAAUCAAAAAAGAACUUCUAGUAGCAUUCCAGUUUCUCUUGAUACAGAGAGGAAUGAGGAGAUGCCAGAGAGUCAUCUUCAGUCGUCUGGAUGCAGUUCACUGUUAUCCACAGACCAAUCUCCCAGAGACAUGACCAUUAAUUCUCAUGAUCUGACAGACAUUUCAAAGAAACUGCUUCUUCAGUUUAUAUCUGGAUUACAUAUCUGGGGAAAGCUAGAAGAGCAAGCUCAUUGCUUCUGCUACCAGUACUAAAGCUGAUUCUCCUUUCUAGUUUUAUCUUCAUAUAUUUGUUUUUUGCUGAAAAAGAAAAAGAUCAACACUGCCUAUACUCUAGUAUAAACAGAAUUAGUUUUGUGUUUAUGUAAAAAAAAAUAUAUAUAUCCCAGAGCAAGAACUUUAAGAAAUGUCGGAAAUACUCUUUUGGCUGUAUUAUUGUAGUGUGGCUUUUAACAUGCCUGUUACUCCAAGCCCUUGUGUUAACGUGUUUUGAAUAGCAUUACCCUUAAGCAAUUUUUCUCUCAUUCAGUAAAGAAGGAAUUUUUAAUAAUGUUUAUUACUGUGUCAAGUCAAUCUGUGAGUAUUUUACUUGCUAAUACUUUUAUGCCUUCAAUUUCAGAAAGAGACAGCUAUUGUUGUGAUGGAUUUUGUGUUCCAGUGAAUCUAGAAACAAGGGAGGGAAGAAAUCAACAGGUUCAGUCAAGUACCAGGCAAAAGUGCUGUUCUUGUUCUCUCAUUCCAUUCUUUUGGUAGAGAUUCUGUAUCAAUUAGGAUUAUUUUUCAAAAAUGACCUCAGGGGACAUUGUGCAGGCUCUUGCAGAAUGUGUACCAUGAGAGAGGUCAUGGUCUAGAAAAGGUAAAUCUGGGAAAUAUUACAUAGAAGCUGUAGAUAAGCAUACUGUAAGACUGUGACUAUGUUUGCAUAAUUAGCAUGACUGGAGGCAAAAAUACAUAAACAGCAACUAUCAAGUAUGAAAACAAUGUUUGCAGAACAGGAAUAGGUCAAUAGGGAAGGAACCUGAGUAUUUCCAAUGUUAUUUGGAUAGGUAGACGUUUGCUUGAGAUUCUGCAUAAAUCAUACAAAUACAUUCUUGUCUUCUGUUUUCUGUUUGAAACCUGGAUUCUUCAAUGCAAAAUGUAAUGUCUCUGAUAUUUUCUAAAGGGGCUGGUUUUUCUCUGUGCAGUGUGAUACUCUGCCUCCAGUAUCUCAUUUUAGCAUAGGGAGAAUCAACUUGGAAUCCAUCGCAUAGUUAGAUUUGUCAUAUAUCUUGUUUAGUGUUUGUCAGCAUUGAACUAUUUCAGCAAAUUGCUUUUUCACUCAGUAUUUUCAGUAAAUAUUUUUUCACCAUUUCUGAUCUUAUCAGCCAAAAUGUUCAUAAUACAAGAUAACCACCCCUUCCAGAACAUUUAUGAUUAGAUUUGGAUUUGAUAUUUUCUACUUCAUUACAGUAGGAGCAGUACACAUUAAAUCUUUGUCCUAAUGAUCUCUUUUAAGUUUUCUUCAGCUUUUUGUUGUCUGACUCUUAACAAAAUGUUAUUCUAGAAAUUUCAGAGAAUUUUCUGAAAGAAAAAUUCCCCAAAUUCAGGAAUGUCUACAGUCAUCAGAACCUCUUUGAAAUUAUAGACUUCUAUAUCCACCUAUUUCUCUUUCUUUACUUUUUCUUCCUGAUUUAUCCAAGCAAAACAAUUUUAUAUUUUCCCUUUAUUUUUUUUCCUUCCUUCGGUCAAACAUUGGGUUCUUUUUGGCAUGUUAGGUGUAUAUGAAAUGUAAUGGAGAAUGUUGGAAGCAUAAUAUUAAAAAGAAGUUCUCACUUAAAAAUCCCAUUCAAAUGAAGAUGUUGAAGAAGGGUUCUGUUUCUCCUUUUGAGUCUUUUGAGGGUAUUAUAUACCUAAUGUUUAUAUGACUUGAAGAAAAUUAGACAUUUUUCACAGGAAAAAUUGAUGGAUUCUAGGGAAUGAGCAUAGCUAUCACAUAAUUGCACCACAACUUUGAGUGCAACAUCCUUGAAAGGGAAUUGAAUUUCAUACUGUCAGUAGUGUAACAUAACUUAUUAUUUGGUACUUAACAGCAACUUUAACUGUGAGGUAAUGAUUUUACAUUUAAAAUCCCAUUAAAAAGAUAAGCACCUUAAACUGUCCUCUCAGCUCAGUGUCUGUUUCAUAUAAAAGACUUCAUUUUUUUUUUUCUUCUUUCUUAGGGUUUCUGAGGCCCUUUCUGGUACUAAGCUUUAACAACUUGUCUGCCUGAGACCUUAGGGCUACACAGAAAUGUCUGAUGAAAUUGAGGAAGAUUCAAAGCUCCUUACAUAGCUAAAAUUGCAUCAGAUGACCUGUGAGAAACAGGUAUCACUGCAAGUUCAAGUUAAUGUUAAGAUUCCUGUCAGCAAAGGCAAUCAUUUCAGCCCUUUCUUGCAAAGCAACCAAAUAAAGUAUUACUUAAACAUCUGUCAGCAGAGACUUGAGGUCUAGCCCUCAGCUAAGCUAGAAACGCAUAAUGAGGGACACCUGGUCCAAACUGCUUUUGCUUAGACAAAGCUUCAGCACUUCUUUGAUAUAUUGGUAGGCCACAUUUGUGACAAUAGAAAUGAUCUGUCCAACUUAAUUUAUGCAGUCUAAUUAACUCUUCUUUAUUAGGCUUUGCUAUUUAUCUUCACAUUAUAAAAAUUUUCAGCAUCUGAGUGUAUUUUGCCUUUCUUUAAGACUGGUCAAAUUUAAAGUCCUAGUUUUCACUUGUAAAGAAAUUAAGUAUUUAAUAAUUCUGAGGUAAGUAGAAGUCUUCUGAUCUCCUUUCUGUGCGUAUUUACUAUAGCAAGCCAGUAGAAUCCACUUCCUUAGUUUUCUAAAAUGGUCAAUGUUCCACUAUUUAUCCAUUAUAUUACCUAUGACUUCAUCCUCUGCUUUAAUAUGCAUGUUUGCUAAUGCAAUCUUUUGUCACAGGAAGGGUUUAUUUCCUUUAGAUUCCUACCUUUUUAGGUACUCAGAUGCUUCUAGAAGUCUUUUAAAGCUCAGGUUUUUCUGAAAGCUGAGAGCUAAGAAAUAAGACUUCACAUUGCAUUUCCAAAUAGGGCAAAAGGGGGUAAGGCUGUUUUUAACAAAACAGUUGAUAAUCAUUGUCACCUCAACAGAGAAUUUUACUGCUGCUCUUUACUUGAGAUGGGAUAAUAGUUCAUUUACUUGGAAAAAGCAUAAGAAAGGCCAUUAAUAGUUGUUUAUAGAGCAUGAUGGAUGUCACCUUGUAACUACUGAUAUUCUACUGAUAGUAACCUGAAUCUUAGAGUUGUCUUGGGAAAUAAAAAUGUCAGAGUCCCACAGAAAACAUGAUCUUUGCCUCAGUUUUUUCCCUGUACUAUUAAAUGGUGCUACUGUUAAAAAGCUUUAAAGUAAAUGACUAGUUGUUAAAACUAUUGCUGAACCUGAAGAUGUUUUAAACUGUUUUUAAUUUUGUUAUUCAAAUUUGAAUUUUAUGGGUUUCUUAUAUUUUCUCUUGUAGCCUGUGUUUUCUCUUGUAGCCUUUUUAUAGGGAUCCUUGUUUCUUUGCUUCAAGCACUAUCUGGAAGCUCUUGAGGACAAUUUAAAUUGCCAAAUGCUUCAGGAGUUUAUGAAAUCUCUUGUGAUAUCAUAAGGCAGGAUAUUUAUUUGAAAAGUGAGUGUAUACAACGAGAGUCCUUAAUUUCUCAACCAUGUAGAUACAAAUCCUGAGGGUCCUUAAAGAUCUUCUUGAUCCAGCCCAUCUGCCAUGUAGAGGGGCACCUUCCACUAGACCAGGAUGCUCAAAACUCCAUCCAGCUUGACCUUCUAGGGAUGGGGCAUCCACAGCCUCUCUGGGAAACCUGUGCCAAGGUCUCAGAGUGAAGAAUUUCUUCCUAAUAUCUUAUCUAAAUCUGCCCUUUUUGAAUUUGAAGCUAUUCUACCUUGUCCUGUUACUACAUGCCCUUGCAAAAAGUCCCUCUCCAUCUCUUUUGCAGGCCCUCUUGAGGUACUGGAAGGCUGCUUAAAGGUCUCCUCAGAGCCUCCUCUUCUCCAGGCUGGCCAACCCUGACUGUCUCUGCCCGUCUCUGUAGGAGAGGUGCUCCAGUUCACUGAGCAGCCUUGUAAUCUUCACUGUACUUGCUCCAGCAGGUCCAUGUCCUUAUUUUGGGAUCCCAGAGCUGCAUGCAGCAUUCUAGGUGGGAUGUCACCAUAGCAGAGCAGAGGGGCACAAUCCCUUCCCUCAGCUUGCUGCUCACAGUUCUUUUGAUGCAGCCCAGUGUGUGCUUGGUUUCUGGUCAGCAAGUGCAUGUGUCUGGGUCAUGUUGAGCUUCUUGUCAACCAGAGAAAGCAAUCUGUGAUCAAGGAAGGUCUUGGCAAACAGUUUAUCAGCAUUAUUCAGGCAGUCUAACCCAGCACCGUGUCUGUAGAACAUUUAAGUUAAAUUUCCUUCUAAUUAAGUAAACCUGAAGUAUAUCAGUGAAGGUUUGUUUUCCUGGAAUUGAAACAUAGAACAUAAUGUAAGUGACUCAGUUGCUCACUAAUUGAAGCAAUCAGUCAAGAUAAUGAGGGAGGAUUUUCUAGUGAGUGGUGGUGGUGGUUGGGGGGUAGGGGAGGCAUUCAGAAAUUCCUUGAAAAUAGGAACAUAAUUAGUGGGUACAGAAUCAGAAGGAUUUGUGUUAGGUUUGGCUGUGAAGAAGUUGUGCACGCUGGACUCAGAAAUGAUAUUUGAAAAGGUUGUUGCUUAUGUUUGUUGUACUGUACUGUUUUAUUCUCUCACUAAGCAGGUUUUUCUGAUAUAUGGCAACUGUAGAAUAGCUACUGGCUUAAAGUGGAAGAAUAACUGCAAUUCUAAUUUAAAUUGAAUUGUUACUUAAGGGUGGAACUUUUACUUGCUUGCUGUAGUUUGUUCAAGUAAGUAUGUGAUCUGGAUGGUGUUCAGCAUUCAUUAAUCAUGUUUGCAUACCUGUUUUACAGCUGGAUUUUCAAAUCUGGUAUUAAAGUUCAUUUAACAUGCCUUCCAGAAAGUAAAUAUGUCAGUAAGUUUUGGUUGGUUUUACAUACUCAUUCUUCACGUAGUUCAACUUGGUACAAAUCUGUACUGCAUUCAAACUUUAUUCAGAGUUGGUCAAGACUAGUUUCAUUUCAGAUUAUGGAGUGAUUCAGGAACACCUGGAGCCAAGAUUUAUGUCUUUAUCUAAAUUUUGAAAGUACUGUGUUUUUAUAGCUCUUUAGAGGAAAGGCAGGAACUGCAUUAACACUUGUUAGAGCAACAGUUAAUGCAAUGCUGACUAGAACUUAACCCCCUCAAAUAUUAAUGUUAAAAUGUCAAAAAAAAAAAAGGGGGGGGGAGGGUGGAGGAGGAAUUAGUUUAAAUAUUUGUUCUUGGGAAAUUAUUUAUUCUCCUUUAGUUAAGAAGCAGUCAAGUUUUAAAAUAUUUGUGAGACAUUAUAGUAGUGUGAACAAGGUUUGUUUAUUUAUUUGCUGCUGAUCUGGUAUGAAAAGUAAAGACCUCAAGUCCCCAUAGAAGUUAUUUCACUGGAAUAAGUAUGUGAAUAUUUUAAAGCCUGACAGGUUAAAUACACCAGUCACAGACUUUGAAACUGAUGUAUUUCUCAAUUGAAAUAUAUCACUGAAAAUUACCCUUUGGUUAGCUUUUCUUAUGCCAGAGAGAUUCAGACCCAGUAUGUAAGAAAUCUAGAUUUCAAGUUGCAAGGAUCUGAAAACAUCUAGCUUUGACUGCUUCUGUAUAGUAAUGCUAUAUAAUUUAAAAAAUAGUGUCUGCAUAAUGUUGUACACAUAUUUAAAUCCUUUCUCAGAGAUGAUGAAAAUUACAGUGUGUAGCCUCAGGUCCCAUAAUAUCUACACUCUGCAAUUUCCUGGCUUAAAGUACGUAGUAGAAGCCAUGAAUUAUAGAAGUUCUGGCAGGUUUCAGCACUCUAGCCUGCUUUUCCAAACUGUUAAAUAGUGAAAUGAUAGCAUCUUUUACUUUCUUUAGAAAAUUUCAAUCUGCUGGAAUUGUUGUUCAUCACUGACAGCACUCCGUUCAGUAUCAUUUCACUUGAGUCAGGGUGAUAAAUCAUACCUUGCAAUUUCUCUCAAGAAUAUAAAACCAUUCCAACACUACAUCUGUUAAGAAUAUAAUGCUUGUCUUUCUAUGCAGCAGAAUGUAGAUUUAAUCACCGCAGCACCAUUUUGGGGUGUUCAUUCAUGUAUUGGAAUAUUUUGACUAAGCAAGAUGGGUUACUUUCUGAAUAAGAAACAGAUAUAUCUUGGGAUAAUCUCUUCUAUUAAAGAUAGAAUAGAGGAGAUUGUUUAAAAUACCUUCUGGAACUUGAAAGCAGCAAGUGUUUCUAGUGUUUCUGCAGCUGUGUGAAAUGUUUUGCACCUCGAAAUGAAGGUAAUGAAUUAUGGUUACACAAAAGGGGGCAAGCAAAUUCUUUUGACAGUCAGCAAAAGUUGAUUUUGUAGCUUUCUUGAAAAUGAUAAAAAUUUUCCUGUUAAAAAUUACUACAAAAUAAAUGAAAAAUUAUGUAUUUGUAUUUUCAUUUAUUUUUAUGACAGUACUGUGUUGCAUUAUUUUUGCCUCAAUAAAUAUGUUCUGGAAAAAACCAAAUUUUUUCAGGUAUUAGAGUGACCUAACAAAAGUUGACAAAUCUUAUCUAAACAUAUUAUACACUUUUCUUUUCUUGCCCAAAUCCCCAUGACUCAUUCAUACAUUAUCUUGUCUCCUCAACUUGUAAUCUUUUUGCCCCUAUCCUGGUUUGUGCUCUAGGCAGGUUUUACUCCUUUGCAGUCAAUGUGACCCUGUGAUGUAUAGUCCAUGUUCUGAUUUGGGUUAGAUCCAGUUCGUCCAAAUAGACUGAAUACCUGUCAGUAGUUUGAAUGUUUUAGCUCCCCCACAUCCAGCAGCUGGCAAACUUGUUUUUGUUAAAUCUGACCCAUUUAAUCAGAGGUAUCUGUCAAUUUGCCAAAUAAGUGACAAAAAAUGAAAACAAAUCUAGUUUCACUUGUGAGGCUAGCAUGAAGAUAGUGCAAAAUUAAUUUGAUAGUAUACAUUAUAAUGUUAUAAUUGUUUGUACUUUUAGUUUUGCACUGUGACUGUAGUUUGAACAAAAUGAUGAUCAGCUUAAAUAAGGACGCCUAAGCACAAAGUUGUCUCUCAAGAGCCACCAGAAUUCAAAAAGAAAUAUUAAAAUAUAAAUUAAUGUAAUCUAGAGUUGAUAAACUAUCUCCUUUUGUCCAGUUUUAACCACUAGUGAGAAGCUUUUCACCUGGUCAUUUUCCCAAAAUAACCAGCUCAUUUACACAUAUUUCCUUGGGGAUUGGUCUGAUAGGUGUCCUUGAAGCCCACUUACUGCACCGGUCAAGCAAGACUGGUGGCAGGAUUAUGAGGGAAAGGCUGUGGAUACUGUCUGCCUGGACUUCAGCAAAGCCUUUGAUGCUGUCUCUCGCAGCAGUAUCCUGGGAAAAAGCUGCCAGCCCACAGACUGGACAGAUGCGCAGUUCACUGGGUUAAAAACUGGCUGGUUGAUCAGGAGCAGAGAGUGGUGGUGAAUGGUGAUACAUCCAGUUUUCAGUCACUAGUGGUGUCCUCACCUGAGGCCAGUCCUGUUUAUCUACCUGGAUGAGGGGAUCAGGUGACUCUGAUUUCUGAGGGACUAUUGAUCUGCCAGGGGCAGGCAGGUUAUUCAGCAGGCUCUGAACAAACUGGGUUAUGGGCCAAGGCCAAUUGUCUGAAGUUCAAGGCCAAGUGUCAGGUUUUGUCCCUUGGGUCACAAAGACCCCAUGCAGCACUACAGGCUGGGGCAGACUGGCUGGGAAGCUGCCCAGAAGAAAAGAACCUGGAAGUGUAGGUUGACAGCAUCUGAACAUGAGUCACCUGUGCCCAGGUGGCCAACAAGGCCAUUGGCAUCCUGGGCUGCAUCAGCAAUAGUGUGGCCAGCAGGACCAGGGUAGAGAUUUUCUCCCUGUAAUUGGGAGGACUGGUGAGGCUGCACCUCAUGGACUGUGUCCAUUUCUUGUCCCCUCACAACACAAAGGACAUUGAGGGUCGGGAGCGUGUCCAGAGAAGGGCAAUGGAGCUUGUGAGGGGUCUGGAGGACAAGUCUUGUAAGAAGUGGCUGAGGGAGCUGGUGUUGUUUAGCCUGGAAAAAAGGAAGCUUCAGGCAGAUCUUAUUGCUCUCUACAACUCCCUGAAAGGAGGGUGUAGCCAGGUGGGGGUUGCCCUCUUCUCCCAAGGAAAAAGUGACAGGAGAAGAGGACAUGACCUGAAACAGCCUAUGCAGAGGUAACGUGAGGCAUCAGAAGGAAUUUCUUCAUGGAUAAGGUCAUUAAGCGUUGGAACACAACACCACCAGGGUGGUGGUGAGUGUUCAUGAAGUUACUGAAUGUGGCACUUUGUGCUCAGGUCUAGUUGACAAGGUGGUGAUUGGUGAAAGGUUAAACUUGGUGAUCCUGGAGGUUGUUUGCAACUUAAAUGUUCUGAUUCUGUGACUUGCCUUUAAGGCUUAGGACAUGUAGUAGCUUUCUUAGUGGUGGGAAUGGAAAUAUGUGUCUCUACUUUCAGCAAUUGUCUUAACCACCAGUCUGUAGAAUAGUUCUUAUAAGAAAUGUGGUUUGGUGGUUUUUUCCUGCUUCACAAAACUUUUCACUUCUUAUUGCAUUAUAUAUAAAGCUACAAGGUAAGCAGUCUUGGGAAAAGCAAAUGGAAUGUAAACUGUUUCUCUGAGAGCUUCCUGAUGACAAGACCAGAAUUUCAUGGAUUUUUUUGUCAUUGUGCGCCAGACAAUUUCCUCUGGAUUACUUUAUAGACGUCAUUACCACAUGUGUUUUAAGAGAAAAAUAUCUUCCUUAAAAUAAUAAGUAGGUACUUGUAACUUAGUGUUUUCUUCUGUGAUCACAAAUAGGGAGAGGCAUUUAACUGGAGGUAAAACACCUAAGCACCAAAGAUUGGUGGGGUUUUUUUUGUUUUUUGUUUUUUUUUUUCAAGAAUUUUCUAUUAUUGGUUUAUUUCAGGGAGCAGCUUAAAGGAAACAGGGAAUGGCUGGGGUCAGGGAGGAAAUGCAUGGGAACAUCUUAAACUGACUUUACUGUCUGAAGACAAGACAAUGAAUCAUGCAACUACACUCGAAUACAGAUGUUUGUAUUCCUUUGAGGGAGGAGCUGGUCAAGUGCUUAAGUAGUUCUGCAGCACCUCUAAACUUUUUAGAUGUGAAAUUACAAUUUAUUGGACUGUAGAGUGCUACAGAGUCCCUAUCAGAAUUAUGUACUCUCAGCAGUACAAAAAACUCACAUUUUUAUUUAAUACCUUUACAUAUAGUCCCAAAUGUAAAACUACAUAUUUUCAUAACCAGCAAUUAAGGUAUUAAAAUAUAGGUAAUACAAAUGAAAACCCCCAAACAAACAAACAAACAACCUCUACAAAACCCAAGUAAUGUAUAAUCCAAGAGAUAAGUACAUUGGAUACAGUCUGUGGGUUUGUUUUUUCUUUUUUUCCCUCCAAGAACAGUUUUAAAACAAAAGCACAAAUUCAUCACUCUUGGCCAAAGAGUUCAUAUUUAGGGAAAACAAUUUGUAGGGAAUGAACUCUUCUCCCUGCCACCUCACACUUGGAUCCCAAAUGUGUUUCUGACUUGGGACCUCUGUCAACACAUAAAUAUAGAGGAAAACAGGCAAGAUUAGCAAGUGAGUUGUAAAUAAAUGCUUAAAUAAGAAGAAUGGGAAAAUGGGGAAAAUACUUAAGGAAUAUGAUUUUAUGAUAGAUAAUUGCAGGUGGUAGGUGUGUAUAUUUGUUGUUCUUCUUGAGCAGUCCUUGCCAAGAGAGAUUAUAUGCAUCAACUACUUUGCCUGGUUUAAUUUAAAUUUAAAGUGUUUUACUAAUUUUGUCUCCAUUCAAAUGGCCUUUAUUUGCAAAGAUCACACUUUGUUCUGCUUUUCUCUGAACAGUUUCAUGUUUUCUUUCUAAUGUAUUUUUUUUUAGUUGUCUUUUGAACACAUGCUCACCUGCUUUAGAGGAUCCAAAGCUGCUAAUAAAAACACCCCAUAAUAUAUAACAGAUGCAGAAGUGAAUAUAAGUGGAAACAGUUGAAUAAGGGGAGCAGACCCAGAGCUGUCAUCAAGCUCUUCACAGUCACUAGAUUUUUUUUCACCUGCUCAUGCAGUGCUUGCUCAAGACCUGUUGGCUGUGACUAUAUGUUUCAUCUCUCACCAUUUUUUCCCCCUCCACCUCACAGGCUCUUUCUGAAAGCUUGUGAGUAUAUUGAAUUCAUCUUUAAAUCCUGCUAAAUGUGCUAAACAAUGUAAAGUGGUUGCCAUUAAAAAGACAAAUAUAUGUGCUGCCAAUAUUUUAACUAGGACCUCCUUCUAAAGUCUGUCCUUGGAGACUUUCUGGAAUCCUUCCACUUUUAGAGAAACUGGUGUGGAAGGGUAUAUGUCAGCUUGGUGAGGAGACCAUUGGAGGGCUAGGAGAUCUUUUGAUUAUUUUUCUUUAUAAACAAAGUGCAUGUUGGGAAGAAAUACGGAAAUGCCAGUUGACAACAUUUUAUACAGAAUUUGUGUCUGUGGCCUAGUCAUGGUAGACAUGCAAAAACGGUAGACAUAUUGAAAAUAUAUGGUUCUAUAUGUAUAUUUGGGAGCAAAACAAAAUUUUUCUUUCUUCAAAAAUGUCUUUGAAAGCAAUUGUUGUUUGCUGUUCUCUAUCCACACGUGAAAGAUGUGUUUACAGAAGUUUUUCUAGAUGUGUGAAGAAUGUCUUGGGCAAGAUGUCUUUAAACAAGAUGCCGAGAAGCUUUUAUUUGUAUGCAAAAUUCAGUACUCCAGAAAUUGUAAUUUAAUGUGCAUUCCUUUCCUUUCAGGAGUGUUUUCAGAUUCCACACCAGGAUUUUUUGUCUUUUUGUUCUUUGUGGAUUUAAAAAAAAAAUUUACAAAAAGUAGAGUCUAUUAAAACAAGCUUAGAAUCUAACAGCUGAUAUGUAAUAGUACAGUCAGUCUCACUUUUCAUUGUGAGCUUUUUCUCCAUUUGCUGGUUGUAGUAAUGUACAGUAAACUUAUGGAAGAAGGACCUUCUUGGUGGCACACCAGAAUAAUUCUCUUGUGUUAAACCAGAAUACUUAAAAGGCUGUCAAUUUGAUUUCAUUUAAGUUUUGCUUACAUGUCCUAUAGUACUUGGCAGUACAAUGCUGGAGUGUGAAAUAAGCUAUAGAGAUUUUUUUAGAGGAUGUGUGAUCUGACUCUUUCUGUUGGUAUCACAGAGAACACAUCCUCAGUUCCCUACCAGAGAGUGCAGAGAAAAAUAGUUUUGGUCUCCUUCCCUUUCUCUCUCCUCUUUCCAUUAUCCCAUGUGAAAUGAAAUGCAGUGCUCCUAACAAAAAGUUAUAGAUUUUUUUUCCCCAGCUAAAUUAAAUAAUAGCAUUUCUGCAAUUGACUGGUGCAUGUUCAAAGGAGUUUUGUGUUUUGUGAUGUUUAUUGAUUUGCUCUAUCUGUGUUCAAUAUGACUCUGAUUUUCUUUCUAGAACUGAGCUACAGGGUCUUCACUUUCUAUUCCACAGACCUCUUGAAAUCGCACAUCUCUCUUUGUUAUGCAGUCUAGUGUCACUUGCCUGUUCAGAGGCAGAGCAGGACAGCCAUGAAAGUCAGUUUGUCAUUUUGUGUUAUACUGUGCACUUCCUUUCUCCCUGCUCAGUAUAUGCCUUUAAAUAUAAUGUUGAAACUAGCUCUGCUAUAGAGAAACCUGUCUGUUUUGUUUACAGAUGCUUUGUACUGGGCAGACAGACAAAUUAUAAAUGGAACUUUAUUCUCUUUUGUUUGCAGCCUCUUCAAGUCUAUGUGGUUGAUAGUUUUAAGUAUGCAUAGAAAUAAGCAUGCACUAAAACAUCUGGAUCCAAGUGCUGACCUCAGUUACUCACUGUAAAUCUGGACAGGAACUGUUAUCAUUUGGUUUUAUGCUGGUGCUAUUAAGAUAAAGAAGGGGAGUGAUUUAUUAGUGAUGAACAGACUUUAUAGCUGUCUCAGCCUUGCACAAGUUUAUAGGGUUGUUUAAGUACCAAUACUCACAGAUUUAACUCCUUCUUUUAUUAUGUGUAAAAAACUCCAAGACAGAUCAUUCCUUGCAUAGGAAGUGAAUGGUGUGUAAGGGUUUAUUAAUUAAAAGUCCUGUUAUUUGAGGAAAUUACUUGUUGGAUUUUCUUUAAAGUUUCAGAGCUCUUGUACAAUUCUUAAUUCAACUAGUUCAUAUUUUUUUAUGCAAUAUUUUUGUCUGAUAUGUAUCACUAUUGCAUGAGCAUAUCCUUGGCUCAAAAGAGGACCAUUAGCAAGACAGUGAACAUUUGUAAUUUCGUUCAGGGAUGAGGACACAUAAAUACAUUGACACAUUUUAUGGACGCCUGAAGAAAUGUUAACCAAUAUUCAAAAGGGAUGCAGGCAUGAGGAAAAAGCUUUUUUCAGGGGUAUUGAUUGUGAUUUAGAAUUAUCACUGCUGCUUGGUUUCUUGUCUUUUCAUUCAUAGCUCUGUAUUUUUUCAAGCUGUACUGUAAAGAAGAGAGAUAAACAGAUAAAUAAAUUUGCACAUGUAGAAAGAAUAAAGAAUAAUAUAGUUGAAGAAAAAACACUUCAGUCUAAGAACUUUUGUCUUGGUUACUUUAAAUAUUGAAUGAGCAUAAAAUACAGUGAUCUUAUGUCUUUUGAAUAGUGUCUAAAUAAAUUAACAUUGUGGGAUAUACUUUAUUAUAUUAUUGAUGAAUUUUUUGAGCAUUUUAAACAUUUUUUAAUGUGCAAAAAUGAAACUUCUGUGAGAAAACUGCCAAUAAAAUGAUUUUAAUUUAGAAGUCACAGAAAAGACAGGAAUGACUGCUGUUAUAAGUCCUGACACUGCACCACUGAAGUCUGCGCUAAUACUGUCUUGUUCACUAGUCACUGACUCUGGAUAAACUGUACAGUUUCUCUUUAAAAGGUCACCACAGCAACUUAAUAUUUAAGAUUAUUGGAAGGCUCAAGAUAUAUUUAUCAACCUCAUCAGAAUAAAAGUAAACUUUUAGGAGGAAUGCUUAAAAAGUAAAUCUUUUAAAGAAGGUUUCUGUUUUCUGUAUUCUGAAAAACUAUUCAAUGCCCAAGAGUAUAGCACUGAAGAUACUGAGUGUAUAAUUUUUCCAUUAACAUAAGCAACACAUAGGAAUUUUCCUGAGAUACAUAUAUAAGUAAAUGCAAAAUCAAGGCCUUAAAACAGCCCAGAAAUGCUGAGCUCUCACUGUCUACAGCUUUUCAGAGCAGGCACUACUUUCACUUACCUGAAAAUGGUUUUUAUCUUGACAUGCAUAUAUAAAAAUUUUAUGAGUUCUCAAGAAUCUGUGAGAAGUUAUGCAACUAUACUCUGGAGGGAAAGGGGCACAAAAUUCCCUAAAGGUGGAUGUUUAAAUAAUACAGAGAAAUUGUGAACUAACAUAAAAUCCUUAUUGAACAGCUCAUGGAGACGUGGUCCUUUCAAACACACUGAGUUGAGAGCUCUAAAAUAUUAAAGUGAUUUCUGAUGUUCAGCUUUAAGGCAAUAAAAAUAGAUCUUCAAAUAUUUAUGUAUGAAUACUGGGCUUAUACAAUAUUAAUGGCCAUCAGGAGGAUGCUGCAGAUUUGCAGACCUACCAUUUCCUAUGCUGGUAUGCUACACAUAUGUUCCUUACUUACUUAUAUAGUGACAAGUCCUGUGUUUGAAGUGGAAAUUAUUUGAUGAAGAUUUUUUAAUGUACACUAUUAAUGCAUGUUAUACAUUGGUCAGGACAAAGACAGAGACAGCUGGCAUGUUAAGGUACACAAAGUAUAUUUGGUCUGAGGCCAAAGGUACAGAUAUUCAUUUAUGGGUAUACAUUGUUUCAAGAGAUUGGAUGUUUCUAUUAAUUAAUUAUUUUCAUACUUGUUAUGAUUUAUUUAAAUUUAAUAAACAGGUGGGUUCAGAA